ACCUUCUAGCUAAACAGACAUCUCCACCACCGUACCUUUGCCAGUUUCUCCCACUCGAACCUUCAAAUCCUGUACUUGCAGCACAUAGCCCCUGCCAUGGCACCUCCCUCCAAGAAGCGCAAAAUCGCCGCCAUCCCAGAAAUCUCCUUCGAUCCUGCCGCCCGCGAAGAAUAUUUGACCGGAUUCCACAAGCGCAAGCUUGCGCGCCAAAAGCUCGCCGAGGAGGAGAAUGCCAAGAAGGAACGGGCAGAGAAGCUGCGAUUCCGCGCCGAGGUACGCAAGCAGCGCAAGGAGGACUUGGAGAAACACGUGGAAGAGGUCAACCGGUUAGUCAGGCAAGCGAACGGCGAUCUCAGUGAAGCUGGCGAAGAAGAUGAAGACUCGACGAAUGAGGAAUGGAACGGCAUCGUAGAGCCCCCGGCGCCUAUCCCUUCUGCCAUGGAUAUCAACGAGGAGGAGGAGUUCAUCGACGAGGACAAGUACACAACAGUCACCAUCGAAAGCGUCGGCAUAUCCAAACACGGGUUCGAGAGGCGGGGCGGGAAGGAGGAAGCGGAAGAGGUAGAGUCGAAGGAGAAAAGGGUGUGGACAAAGGAACGGCCGAAGAGCAACAAGCCGAAGAAGAAGAAGAUUAAAUUUCGGUACGAGACGAAGACGGAGAGGAAAGUGGAACGGGUGAAGCAAGGGUUGAAAAAGAAGAAGAUGGCGGCGAAGAGGAUGGGAGACUAGGCAUACAACGUUCGAGGUGAUGUUUUUCGAUACGCAUGUAGUUUGCUAGAUCGUCCACCAGCAACGUUGCGCCUUUGCAGGGUGGUAUGACAUGACAAUAUUUCUUGGCCC